UCAAAAUGUUGGUUAUUGCAGGCGAUGCCGUGCUGAUGUUGUGACGUUAAGUGUUUUCCUACGCCGUGCGCCGGGAAGCUGAGAGAAUCGCGUAGCCUGCGCGCGAGGCCUGGGCGAGAUCACGCUCCGAAUUUACGGCGAUUAUGGCUGCUGCCGCCGUGAGCUCCAAUGUGGAAAAUCUGUCGCCACAAAUCAUCCGCCGGGUAGCCAAGGAGAUGGCAGAACUGGCCGCGCAAACACCUGAAGGUAUUCGUGUCAUUUUGAACGAGGCCGAUGUCACCGACAUACAAGCCGUCAUCGAAGGCCCAGCGGGGACUCCAUAUGCCAGUGGUUACUUUAGAGUAAAAUUAGUUCUUGGAAAGGACUUUCCACAGGGACCGCCAAAGGCUUACUUUCUUACAAAAAUUUUUCACCCUAAUGUAGCAAAAAAUGGCGAAAUAUGUGUCAACACUUUAAAAAAGGAUUGGAAACCAGAUCUUGGGAUACAACAUAUAUUAUUAACUGUAAAAUGUCUACUAAUAGUGCCAAAUCCAGAAUCUGCUUUGAAUGAAGAAGCUGGCAAAUUACUUUUAGAAAGUCAUGACGAAUAUUCAGAGCGAGCAAAAAUGAUGACUGAGAUACAUGCACAAGGAGGUGGAAAAGGAAGCAAGGCGGGUCUGGAAAGUUGCGCCUCUUCGGACACUGGAGGACCUCUUCCAAAAAAACAUGCAAGUGAUAAGAAAUUAACAGCGGAAAAGAAAAAAAUGUUAAAAGAUAAGAAGAGGACACUGAAGAGACUAUAAAAAAAAUUAAUAUUAUUUCUCCUGUCUUUUGUAAUUUAAAAUACUAGUAU